UCGUUACGAGCUGUCUUCAUUUCCACAACAGAGAAAAAGAUUGCUGGUACGCCGUUGAAGCUCUCCCGCGCUAAAAUGGCAGUGUGAAGGCGUGCGGCUAUUCUUGCAGCGGCAACAACCCGGCAGUGCAACGGCAAAGUGCACUGGCUAUUUCUGGCAAAAUGGCGUCUCUCUCAGCAACCACCCUCAGCUUUGCUGCCGUCGACAGCAGUACCAAACCGCUCGACUUCCUACCGUCAGCAGACUCUCUCUUGUUUUUAUUCAACCUUUCACGACUACCACUGACCAGCAGCGGCCAUGACACUCUCCCAGCUGGCCUUGGAGGACGUGGAGGCCCUGUACUCAGGGCCCUUGUUUCUGAUGGCUGACCCCAUGGGGCCCCUUCUGGACCAAGAUGAAGAAGAAGCUCUUUCUCCCUCCUCCUCUCUAGAGGGGAAGGCGCCAGUUUCGCCCCCUCUCUCUUUCUCCUCCUAUGCAUCUUCCCCUUCUCCCUACCAGACCUUGUCCCCCCCUCCAUUUCUUCCCACCCCACCUCCCUCUCCUCCCUCCCCACCUCCCUCUCCUCCCACAUCCUCGUUCCUGGGAAACAAGGCCAGAGAGGACUUGCCGUCCCUCCCUUGGCUGGGUGCCAGCGACCUGCUCGACUCCCAUGUUGGAGCAGAUGACGGUAAAGCAGAUGAUGCUUUUGUGGGCCUGGAAUGGAUGUCAGAAAAAAUUGACCUGAGUGAACUUGACCUGGAUUCCCUCAUUGGCUCCUGCUCCUCUGAUGAGUCUCCCAGUUCUCCCGAGGAUCUCCUGGCCUCCCUAGACUCCCGUAUGGAUCUGGAUCUCGAUUCAUUUGACACAACCAUCCCUGCACUGCAUGACAGCCUGGAGCUGAGUCUGUCAUUGCCCAGUAUCUCCUCCCUCCCUCUGGAGCUCCCACUCCCUGGGGCAGCAGAGGCCAAGAAGACAGAGGUGGCUCCUCAUCAGGAAGUCAUUUUGAAGUCUGAGCCUCCCUCCCCAGCCACCUCUCCAUCUCCCCCCUCUCCGGCCUAUGCAUUGGAGCUGGGGAGUGAAGUGGAUGUCCAGGAUGCAGAGAAAAUGGAAACGUCCCCAACAACCACCAUCAUUCCUGAUCCCAGUGGAAACAUUCAGACCUCCGGCCCCGUCUUGGUUUCUCUUCCUACCUCUCACCACAUUGUGGUGGUGCUCACCAAUGAAAAUGAUCCCUCCCUCAUCUCUCUCCCUGACCAGUCAGUUAAAAUGUGUCCUCCGCUGAGAGACUAUGAUAGCGACUCUGGCAUCGAGUCAGCUGGCAGCUCACCACCUCGCCUUCCCUCCCCUCCUCCCUCGUCCUCCCCCUCAGCUGGUUCCUCCAGGACCAAACCCUACUCCAAACCAGAGCCCAGCACUGCUUCCUCCCCUUCUGCCAAGACACCCAGGGUCAAAUCAGUGUCCGGCACUCCGAAGGUGGUGGAGAAGAAACUGAAGAAGAUGGAGCAGAAUAAGACGGCAGCCACUCGCUACAGACAGAAGAAGAGGGUCGAGCAGGAAAUGCUUGGCACGGAGCUUGAAGGGCUGGAGAAGAGGAACCAUGAGCUCAAGGAGAAGGCAGAGUCUAUCAGCCGAGAGAUUCAGUACCUAAAAGACCUGAUGGAGGAAGUUCGUAAGCAUCGCCGUGGCAAGACCAACUCAGUGGCUUAGUGACCAGAUUGUGCGUUAACACCAGCCCACUGUUGCAGAGUAAUGAUGGUGUGGUUUCUGCUCCAAUUCUCGCAAGCUCCAUGUCCACUUCAGUAUUAGAAGUAUGUUUGAAGAGAAAGAAGAAUGGCAUGCGGGGGUGGAUGCGUGAAACUCCACUGAACGGAAAAGAUGGAAUGGCUGGAUGCAACGUGAAAGGCCUCUGGAAGUCGAUGAGAUUAUUAGUGUAGAGCAGGGGGCUGAGAGGUAGUCAGGUGAAGCAUCUGUACAUGCUUGUCUCUCAGUCCGCUGUUAGAUCCCCCAUAAUGUACUCCCUGUCUUAAUAGCAGUACUUGUACAAUCAUGCAGGGUGUACAUUUGCCUUUGUAGACUAGGCAUGCAAAACACAACAGUUGUUGUAGCACCUGGUAGUGUAGACUUGUAACCCUUUUGACAAAAUAUUCCCUUGUACUCCCAGCAUCAAUCAACAUCCAGACUCCAACACAGCUUCAGGAAGCUCCAGUGUGAAUAAAGUGAGAUACCACAUCUACCUUGUUAACCCAGUCUCAACCCUAUUUUGACCUUCGUCUUAACAGCUUCAAGUCCAGAAAGGGGCCUCAGUCCUAUUUAUGAAUUCUUGAUGUUACACUGUCAUCAUGUUUUUUGUGUAUAUAGUUUUCACCUCCUUUGCUUGCUGAUUGUGGCUGUUAUUUAAUGCUGGAUAAAACAUGAAUUUCUUGAGUAGCUCAGUCUUUUAGCACAACUAUUUGGCUUGUGAAAAAAAUGGCUUUUCUUUUUUCUAAUAAAUAUCUUAUCUGUGCUCCAA